CUGUUACAGGUAAAACUAACAUUCGUAUCAAAAUAUAAGACCUAUUAUACAAUAAAUUCGUAAAACGAAAUGCAGGUGCUGCUAGCAACGACUUCUUUUAUGGACUGAAACUGAAGCUGCACUCUGUAACAACAGACAUGGUGAAAAAUUAGGGAUGAAUUUUAGGAAUCUUGAUUGAGGGUAGAGGAAAAAUCUGUGUUUCUUUGACAAAAUAUGUACCUCUGUUUCUGAUUUCAGAAAAUUACCUUACAGAAAUGAUUCUCAUUUCUCUCACUUUUUUGGGAGGAUACAUUUUGUCUUCUUUGUUACUUUUCAAAUAUCCAACCUUGAUUCAUCGACGAAAGGAGCUAAAGUUCCAUUGCUGUCACAUAAGCCACAGAGGAGGUGCAGCAGAGAAUCUCGAGAAUACACUGUCAGCCUUUGAAAAUGCUGUGAACCAAAGAACUGACAUGCUGGAGAUAGAUGUGCAGCUUACCAAAGAUGGACAAGUUGUUGUUUCCCAUGAUAACAACUUACUUCGAUUAGCAGGGUGUGGCAUAAAUAUUUCAGACAUAAACUAUGAUGAUAUACCAUCUCUGCAAUGUAUCCUUCCUGUGGACUUUACAAAUGGUCAUUGUUGUCAAGGUGGAAAGGACCGCAAGAUUCCUCUUCUUCAGGAUAUUUUUGCUAAAUAUCCUGGUAUUCCUAUUAAUAUUGAUAUCAAAACAAAUAAUGACAUUUUAAUAAAAAAGGUAAAAUAA